AACUUCACAUUCGAGUUGAGAUUCGUUUCCCACCACGGUUACUUCGACGAUAAGAAGCGGCGAUGAGAAUGACAAUGACAGCCGGAGUCUACUCCCGGUCAAUGCUUUUUUCUUUUGUAAUAAAUAAUUUAUUUUCUAGCAAAAUUCCAAAUUGCUCUCUCAAUUCUUGGUGGCGAACAAGACGAGAAUGAUGUGUACCUCCUACUCCAACGGCGACUGUUACUGCGGCGUCGUCGGAUUCCGGUUCAGUCCGUCGGAUGAGGAAAUCAUCUGUCACUAUCUAUUGCACAAGAUAACCGGGGACGAUAAUCGCACCCUCGCCAUCUCUGAGGUCCAGCUCCUUCAGUGUGAGCCCUGGGAUUUACCUUCGCUAUCGAUGAUUAAGUCGAACGAUCAUGUGUGGUACUUCUUCUGCCGACGAGAUACCAAGUAUGCCAACAGUCAGAGGACCAACCGAAAAACCAAAGAAGGGUUCUGGAAGGUCACCGGAACUGACCGUAUAAUCCGUGCUAGGGGUACCAACGAACAGAUUGGUACUAAGAAGACCCUGGUUUAUCAUAAGGGUUCUUCGUCUAAUGCAGUCGGAACCAAUUGGGUCAUUCAUGAGUACAGACCUACUGCGUACACCAUCCCAUCUAAUACGAGGGAUUUUGUGGUUUGCCGCCUAGAGGAAAAACCAGAUGAGAAGAACUCACCUUCCCGCAAAGGUGAGUGUGGUAGCAGUCCAGCUUCUACUUCAAAUAAUAUGGCAGCUAAUAAUGCGCUCCCUGAACGACGUCCUCAUUUAGAAGCAAACACUGGGACAUUUGUUGCCAACAAUGCAAUGGAUUAUGAACUAGCUGUACAGGCAUCGAUGGAAGAGCAGGGUCUCUUUGAAGAGCAGGGUCUCUUUGAAGAGCGGGGUCUCUUUGCUGAGGAGGUCUCAGAUUUCCAUGGUAUUGACCAGGAUUGGAUGCAGGAACAGGACCCUUCCUACAUGGAUAUGUUGCCUGAUGGCUUCUCUAUUGGGCUGAAUGUGGGGCAACCUGAAUCGGAUACUGAUGAUGAGAAUGGAGAAGAUUUUGUGAAUUCACUGCUUGUUGAUGACGAUCAAUUCAUUGAAGAAACUGUUAAUACUCUUCAACAUGGUUACAGACCAUCAAGACCACGCACAAGAGUCUACGUGGAUGAUUCCAGUGAAAUAGAAACUGUAAUGGGCAAUGUGCAGAAUCAACCUUACAAUUCUGGAGGAUCCUGGCAGAACCCAAUGGAAAAUGAAUUGAAUUAUGAAGACAUCCUGAUAUUUGACACUGCCAGUAAUGACUCAGCUGCAGGCACAUCUUACAGGCGCAACUUUCAUGAAUCUGCCCAAAAAGACACUUCCAUUACCACAAGAACCUCCAAAUCUCAAUAUCAGCCAAGAUCCACUCUGCUAACAGAGAAAGCUCCAAGAAACAUCCAGUUGCAGAGCGGAUUUUCAAGCAAAAAUGAAGUUUCCCGGGACAAGUCUAACAAAGGCCAUGAAAUGGAUCGGGAAAAGAGAACAAAAGAGGAUUCAAGCAGAAGAUCUCCUGAGUCAACAGGCAGCAACAGAAGAAGUUCUUCCAUUUUCAAGGAUCAGGAAAAGGGAACAAAAGAGGAUUCAAGCAGAAGAUCUCCUGAGUCAACAGGCAGCAAUAGAAGAGGUUCUUCCAUUUUCAAGGAGACGACUCAGUCAAACUCCACCCCAAGUCCACGAUCAGUAUAUCUUUUCAAGGUAAUUUGGGGUCUAAUUUUGUUUAUAUUGUUUCUUACCGAGGGAGUGGGUCUUCAUUGACCUAUAUAGUAUCAUUAUGACAUCUUAAAAUGAGAAGACAAUAAACUCCCAAAGCUGCAAGGGGUCAUACAUUUAGCUUGGAUUCCUUGCCUUGUCUUCUUGAGAUGACAACCAUAUAGCAUUUAGGAUUGUAACAAACUAUUGUGUGCAGUUAUAGUCUCAUGUAACAACUGAAGUUGUACUCAACCCUGUUGUUGUCUUGCAUUAUACAGGACUUAAAUUCAGUUGUAAUCUAUAUGCAGAGUUGUUAUUUUGACAUGUGAAUGUAUCUACAGAAAUAUGUCUUGCACCAGGAACAAUCUGCUGUCCUUUUAACAUGA